UAAAACAAAUACAAACUGAAAACUGAACACAUUAAAAGGUCAUCCAGAUCAACACACAAUGCAGCGAGCAUCACAAGACACCUGUUGGAUCUGGUUGCGGACAUGGCCCUGCACUCAUGUUUCAGCUCUGAGAGCAAGAGAGGCGAGCAUCACUCGGACUGUAUGUGCACAUUCAUGGAUGCUGUAUGAAAAGUCCUCAGCAUGCCCUCAUCCAACCAAGGAUGGCCAGAGGAUUUUGGCUUCCAGCUGGGUGGAAGUGGACCCUGUUACAUAUUGUCUGUGGAGGAAGGCAGCAGCGCUCACCUGGCAGGGUUGCAGGCAGGGGACCAGGUCCUGGAGAUCGAGGGCCAUAAUGUGUCAACUCUGGCUCCGCAAGCAGUCAUCGCCAUUGCCCAGACUCAGAAGAACAUCCCUCCCAGCAUCGGAGUCGUGUCCCGCAUACAGCAGAUGGACAUCAUACCAGGUCCAGAUGGUCGUUUUGGGUUUACCAUCGUGGGAGACUGCCCUCUGUUGGUGGAGGACUGCUCUCCGUGUUCCCCAGCUGGACGUGCAGGUCUGAGGGCCGGGGAUUAUGUCAUGGAGGUGAAUGGCAUCCCUGUCAGGCAGCACGAGAUGGCCGCAUCGCUAAUAAAGGCUUCACAGGGCAGGACGCUUCGUCUUGGGGUCCUGUGUCUCGGUCCGAGGCAGAAGCACAGCAUCAGUAUAGAGGAAAGCCACAUUGGAGGAGACAGAGCAAGACUUGACCGCAAGCACAAGGCUCUGGAGUUCAACAGGAAGGUUGACCAGAUUUUAGGCGACGAGCCCGAAGUGAAAGAGAAACUCUUUGCUGUGCUGAAGCAGUACGCAGCAGAGAAGAGAGUUGAGUGGUUGGCCUCGGUGCUGCCAGAAAUACUCACCACUGAUGAGCAUCGACAGCUCAUCUCCAGCAUCAGAAUAUUUGUCCCCAAGAAGCACCGGCAGCGUUUCGACGAGGCUGUUUCCCAGAAUGUGAUCAACCGGCUCUGCCGCAGCAAGAGCAUCAGCGAGCCACAGGGCAGAAUGCGCCGUAGUCGGAGCGAGGAUCACUCUGACCGCCGCCACGGGUCCAAAAGAGCCAGCUCAGUGCCGAGGGAUGGAGGAGAACCUGGAGGGAGAGGUGAUGCAGAGAGAGACAGAGGCUUGAGGAAGUCUGUCUCCGGGAUACCUGCACACCCUCCCAUUGGACCCAAUCAGAGGAUCAUUCGUGUCUACAGGGGGAAAAAGAGCUUCGGCUUUACACUGCGAGGUCAUGCCCCCGUCUCCAUCGACUCCGUCAUCCCAGAUAGUCCUGCUGAGGAAUGUGGGCUGAAACCAGGCGACCGCAUCCUUUUCCUGAAUGGGCUGGACAUGAGGAACUGUUCCCAUGAGAAGGUGGUGUCCAUGUUGCAGGGUAGCGGGGCAGUGCCCACACUCGUGGUGGAGGAGGGUCCAUCUGACUUCUCUUCCGACCAAACUAACCAAGAUGAACCCCCAAGUCUGGCCCCCACCACUUUACCACGCUCAAGGUCUCCGGCCCUCAGUUCUCUGCAGUGGGUGGCAGAGAUUCUUCCACCGAGCAUCAAAGUGCACGGGCGGACCUUCAGCCAGCAGCUGGAGCACCUGCUCACCAUCCAGGAGAGAUACACUGUCUGCAAAGCCUUAGAGACCUUCUUCCAGCACAGGAAUGUGGACACCCUGAUAGUAGAUAUAUUUCCAGUGUUGGACACUCCGGCCAAACAGCUGAUCUGGCAAUUUAUCUACCAGCUACUGACCUACGAUGAGCAGGAGCGCUGCCAGGGCAAACUGUCCCGCUUCCUGGGUUUCAAGAGCAGUGCGGUGUUAGAUCCUGACGGAGGUACAGAGCACCACCGACGGAGCAGCUCUGUGCGUGUGACGGGAACAUCGUACCGCAGCAGCAUCCGAGAGAGGAGCUCUGACGACUGCAUCAUCGGGACUCACUUGGGAAUGGGAAUUCAUGUCGAUGAAUGUGGGAGCCCAGAGGAGAGGCAGUCAGGAGAUGGAACCUCCUUCCCCGAGUCCCCUGACCUAAGUCAUAUGACAGGUGUGUACACGGAGCUGGAGAACAUGUACGCGGGGAAGAGUGUGUCUCCACUGCAGGGUGGCUCCCCCGCAGAGCCCGAGGUGCCGGGACAGACUGAGGCCUACGGCCGCUCUCUCUCCCCCCUCACACUUCCCCCUCUCACAGGUAAUCGGAAAUCCGGUCUGUCCCUUUCCUGGAAGGAGCCUCUCCCCACCCCUGUGUAUGAGAUCCACCACCAGAGCAGUGUGGACUCCAACCCUUACGUCAGCCUGGAGAGCCCCCCUGCCUCCCCUCAACUCUCAGACACGCUAACCCGCCGCAAAAAGCUGUUCACCUUCUCCCGCCCGCCUCGUAGCCGGGACACAGAUAAGUUCCUGGAUGCCCUGAGCGAGCAGCUGGGUCACAGGGUCACUCUGGUGGAUGACUUUGUACCCGGGGAGAACGACUAUGAGGAAAUGAGUUUCCCGGAGGACCAGGACCUGGGCUUCCUAUCUCGGCAGCUCAGCAGUGGCAGCAGUGAGGAUCACAGUAGCAGUGAUGAGGCCUCGUCGCCCACUUACUCCUCUGGAUCCGAACCAAUCCCUCCACCUCCUGACCAGAGCCCUCCACCUCCCCCACCUUUCCAGGUUCUGAUACCACCUCCUGUCCAGUUUACUGAUCCUCUCCCACCCGUGCGCUUCUCUCCUGAGCACAUUCCUCGCAGCCGGAUGCCCUUCCAGCCCCAUCACCCCAUUAUCCCUCCUCCCCCACCGCCUCCGAGGACCCUCCUGAUGAGUCGCUUGCCUCUACACAAAGUGCUCCCCACCAGAAAUGAAGCAGAGAAGACUUACCAGCGCUUCCAAGCCACUUCUACCCGGCUCUCGCAUGGCCACACCACCUUAGGCUCCUCUACGUUGCGUUCCUCCCAGCCAUCACGCUACCUCCCCCGCCAGCUCAGCCAACCCCAGCCCAUCAGACAGCCCUCCCCACAACCCUCCCCUCAGCCGCUAAGGCCAAGCCAGCUUGUCCUCCAGAGGCACCACCAGCUCCAUCACCAACACAGCUACCAGGGCCCUCUGCCACCUUCCCUUCAGGAUAACAAUCCAACUGAGUGCGAGAGCCAAGGCCCCGCUGUCUCCUCGCUGCCAUCCCAGACUCCAGCCUCUCAUUCAACCCUCCCAAGUCACACCAAGACUUUUCAAAGCACACGACAGGAGCAACAGUCACAACAGGCUCUACCACCUCCACCUCCACCUCUGCCCCCUCCUUGCAACCCACCUCCACUGCCCAAGCCAGGUCACCAUGCCUCAGACGGCAACCACAUGAGCGUGAAGAGGCUGCGCUGGGAGCAGGUGGAGAACUCUGAGGGAACAAUAUGGGGUCAGCUGGGAGAGGAUUCAGACUAUGACAAGCUCAGCGACAUGGUGAAGUACUUAGACCUCGACCUGCACUUUGGGACUCAACGCAGAUCCAUUUCUCCUCCAGAGCCAGCCUUCCUGCCUGAGAACUUUAAAAAGAAAGACGUGGUGGAGAUUUUGUCCCAUAAGAAAGCGUACAACGCCUCCAUCCUCAUCGCACAUCUGAAGCUCUCUCCUGCCGAGCUGCGUCAGGUCCUGAUGAACAUGAACACCGACAGGCUGGAGCCAGCUCAUAUCAAGCAGCUGCUGCUCUACGCCCCUGAUGAUGACGAAGUCAAACAGUACGAGCACUUUGAUGAGGACCCGGCCAAACUGAGCGAGCCCGACCAGUUCAUUUUUCAGAUGCUAAUGGUGCCUGAGUAUAAGACUCGUCUGAGAAGCCUCCACUUCAAGACAACCCUGCAGGAGAAGACAGAGGAGUUGAAGGUGGCGUUUGAUUACAUCUACAAGGCCUCAGUGGAGCUUAAGAGCAGCAAGAAACUGGCUAAAAUCCUGGAGUUUGUUCUUGCGAUGGGAAAUUACUUGAACAACGGACAGCCCAAGAGUCACAGGACAACCAGUUUUAAGAUCAACUUUCUCACUGAGCUAAGCACAACCAAAACAGUUGACGGGAAAUCCACCUUUCUCCACAUCCUGGCUAAGUCUUUGUGCCAACACUUUCCCGAGCUUCUGAACUUCCCCAGAGAUCUCACGACAGUGCCUCUGGCAGCAAAAGUCAACCAGAGAAUCAUCAUAACAGAGCUGAGUGACAUGCAGUCCACCAUCCAGGACAUCAGGACGGCCUGUCAGAAGAUCCCAGCCACCUCAGAGGACCACUUCACUUCUGUCAUGAGCAGUUUCCUGGAGAACAGCCACCCUGCCAUCCAGUCUCUGGAGUCUCUGCAGACCCGAGCAAUGGAGGAAUUCUCCAAGGUGGCUUCUUACUUCGGAGAAGACAGCAAAUCCACAAGCACGGAGGCUUUCUUUGGUAUCUUUGCAGAGUUCAUGUCCAAGUUUGAGAGAGCUCUGAAUGAGACCCAGACUCCAGAAAACCCCAGAAGCCCCAGACUGUCUUCCCCUCUGGCCUGGUAGGAGCAAGAGAUGGAGGCGGAUAUCAGGCCGAACCGAGAAAUUUCACUCUGCUCUCCACAACCAAAGUGCCAAAAAUCACACACAGAGACACUCCAACAAACAGGAACAGAGACGUUGUCAUCUACAGAAAACAUGAAGCAUCUAUCUGGAGAGUGCCCUGUGUUAUACCAGGUGCUGGGAUGAGCAGAAGAAAUCCGAUGUCCUCUCAACGAACAGCAGUUUGUCAUCAUUUUCAUCUCUUUUUAACCAGUCAGUCAUGAGAGAAGCCAUCAAGGUACAGUUGAUUACUCCUCUUCAUCUUUAUGUUGGACUAAAGGGAGAUUUAAGUGAUAAAACUGCUUGUGUGGAUACAGAUUACUUACUAUGUUUAUUAUAUAUGACUAUAAAAAAGUUUAUAUUUUCUAUCAGAUCAUAUUUGAGAAUUCUAAAGAUUGAGCAUAGAUGUAGACUGAUGAUGGAUUUCUGGAAUCAAGAUUAACCACAGGUGUAGGUUGUUGGUGCAUUCACUGCCUCCCAUACAGUAGGAUUUAUUUUAAAAAUGCCGAAAAUGC